AUGGCAACAACCUCGCUGGGUUCUCAGUUUGACAUCUCAAAGGCCGUCUCCAAUCAUCAUACGAUAGUCAUGGCGGCUAUGAGAGCUCGGCACAAGAUUCGCGCUCCUCGACGGAUUGUCGCAGCUGCGCCCACAGAGGAUUUCGAUACUCUCUGGAAUGUGCUAUCGUCCUCCCUUACAGAAAUACACACCAAAAACGCCUCGACCUUAUCGUUUGAAGAACUCUACCGAAAUGCAUACCGGAUGGUGUUGAUGAUGCGGGGUGAUGACUUGUACGAGCGGGUCAAGUCCCUCGAGGAAAAUUGGCUACGGAACCAUGUUCAAAAGCAGGUCACAGAAUCUAUUCUACCGAUUCUAGUGCGGGCACAAAACCCCCAGAGCCUUACAGAUGUUCAAGAUCAGUCGAACGAGAGGCGGGCUGCGGGGGAACGAUUCCUAGCCGUCGUGAAAGAGGCGUGGUCUGAUCAUCUGCUCUGUAUGGGCAUGAUAACCGAUGUUUUGAUGUACAUGGAUCGCAUCACCGCCGCAGACCGCACCAAGCCUUCUAUUCUCGUCGUCUCCAUGGCCCUCUUCCGCGAUCACGUUCUCCGGGCUCCCGUUCGUUCCGGCUCUGAUAUAACCGUUGCACAAAUUUUCGAAUCCACAGUACUCUUCAUGAUACAGUUGGAACGCGAAGGCCAUAUCAUCGACCGGCCAUUGAUUCGAAAUUGCAUGUACAUGCUGGAAGGCCUCUAUGAGACCGUUGCAGAGGAGGAGAGCUCCACCUUGUACCUCGCUACCUUUGAGCCAGCUUUCCUGAGCACUAGCCGGGACUUUUACAAGGAAGAGGGAGCUCGGUUACUGGAAGUUGGGGACGCUGCAACGUUCUGUCGUGUUGCUUCACAACGCAUUUCGGAGGAACAUGAACGGUGUCACUACACGCUCGUUGCCCAGACCGAGCCAAAGAUUGGCGAAGUCCUGAAUGAAGAGCUGAUUCGGAAGAACAUCGAGGAGGUAGUUCGUCUGGAAGGCACGGGAGUUCGGCACAUGCUUGACCAGAACCAGCUUGAUGGGUUGCGAACAGUGUACACCCUCAAUUCCAGAGUAGACGAAAAGAAGAGCGCACUCACUAGUCAGGUGAGCAAGCGCAUCGUCGAGCUGGGCAUGGAAAUCAACACAUCGUCUAUUGCUGCGCCACAGGCGCCGGCAUCCGCUGAAAAAGACGCCGGCAGCGAGAAGAAGGAGAAGGGCAAGGAGAAGGAGAAAGCCGUCAAUCCACAAACUGCAUCAGCAAUCAAAUGGGUCGACGAUAUCCUGGCUCUGAAGCGGCAAUUUGACAAUGUCUGGGAGAAAUCUUUCCAAUCAGAUCAGAAUCUACACAAAUCCAUCGAGGACAGCUUCGAGGAAUUCAUCAACAAGAACACCCGCAGCUCGGAAUACCUCUCUCUCUUCUUCGAUGAAAAUCUCAAGAAGGGCAUCAAGGGCAAGACCGAGGAUGAGGUUGAUGCACUUCUUGACAAUGGUAUCACGCUUCUUCGAUACAUCAAGGACAAGGAUCUGUUCGAGACCUACUACAAGAAGCACCUCGCGCGCCGACUGUUACUGAAGCGAUCUGCAAGCAUGGACGCAGAACGACAAAUGAUUUCCAAGAUGAAGAUGGAAGUCGGCAACCAGUUCACCCAGCGCAUCGAGGCUAUGUUCAAGGAUAUGACAGUUUCGGAAGAUCUGUCAGCGAGUUACAAGGAGCAUAUCCGCCGUAGCGGUGACCCAGACAAAAAGCCCAUCGACUUGGACGUACAUGUCCUUACCAGUACGAUGUGGCCAAUGGAAGCGAUGGCCAAAGCCAGAAACGGCCAGGUACAGCUGCCUUGCAUCUUCCCGCGCGAGAUCGAGAAUCUCAAGCAGAGCUUCGAGAAAUUCUACCUUGACAAACACAGUGGUCGGAAGAUUUCUUGGCAAGCGGGCAUGGGCUCGGCGGACAUUCGAGCUACAUUUCAGCGAAGCAAUGGAAAGACGCUGCGCUAUGAACUGAAUGUUUCUACAUACAUGCUGGUCAUUCUCCUUCUCUUCAAUGAUGUUCCGGAUGGCGAAUCUUUGACGUUCGAGGAGAUUCAGGAGCACACUUGUAUUCCCGAGUACGACCUGAUCCGCAACCUACAAUCUCUGGCGGUGGCUCCGAAGACCCGGAUCCUGAAGAAGGAGCCCAUGAGCAAAGAUGUCAAGCCCACGGAUCGCUUUUCCUUCAACAAUGACUUCCAGAGCGCGUUCAUGAAGGUGCGAAUCGGUGUCGUUGCCGGCGGAGCGAACAAGGUCGAGAAUCAGGAUCAGCGUAAGGAGACGGAGAAGAAAAUGAAUGACGAGCGCGGUGGCAGUAUUGAGGCUGCCAUCGUCCGUAUCAUGAAACAACGGAAGAAGCUUGGUCAUGUUGGCUUGAUGAACGAGGUUCUUACCCAGCUGUCUGCUCGCUUCGUUCCCGAUGUGAACAUGGUCAAGAAGCGCAUCGAGAGCCUGAUUGACCGCGAGUAUCUGGAGCGUCUGGAAGAUGAACCAGCGACGUACGGAUACAUUGCUUAA